UUAGUGCUUGGAGCCUCCAAAGAACUAUCUCGGCGCUGGGAUAAGGACUAUGAUUCCUUUGUGCUUCCUCUGCUAGAUGAACUGCAACCAUGCUAUAUCCUUUACCGCCUGGACACCCAAAAUGCACAGGGCUAUGAGUGGCUUUUCAUCUCCUGGUCACCUGACAACUCUCCAGUUAGACUCAAGAUGCUCUAUGCAGCAACCCGAGCAACAGUAAAGAAAGAGUUUGGAGGAGGACACAUCAAGGAUGAACUCUUUGGGACAGCAAAGGAAGACAUCUCUCUCAGUGGCUACCAGAAGCAUGUGUCUUCUUACUCUGCUCCAGCUCCUCUGACGGCAGCCGAACAAGAGCUUCAGCAGAUCCGCAUCAAUGAGGUCAAAACCGAAAUCAGCGUAGAAAGCAAACACCAGACUCUCCAAGGCCUGGCUUUCCCUUUGCAGCCAGAUGCGCAACAGGCCAUUCAGCUACUAAAGCAGAGGAAAAUCAAUUACAUCCAGCUGAAGCUGAACCUGGAACAGGAGACCAUAGAGCUGGUCCACACAAAGGCUACAGAAAUGGUUGAUCUGCCUAGAAGAAUCCCUCAGGAUUCUGCUCGCUACCACUUCUUUCUGUAUAAACACUCUCAUGAGGGAGAUUAUCUGGAGUCAGUAGUGUUUAUCUACUCCAUGCCUGGUUACAAAUGUAGCAUCAAAGAGCGUAUGCUGUAUUCUAGCUGCAAGAGCCGAUUGCUUGACUCCAUAGAGCAAGAUUUCUGCCUAGAAAUUGCAAAGAAGAUUGAAAUUGAUGAUGGAGCGGAGUUGACUGCCGAGUUCCUGUACGAUGAGGUCCACCCCAAGCAGCAUGCCUUCAAGCAGGCUUUUGCCAAGCCAAAGGGUCCUGUGGGCAAAAGGGGACAGAAGCGACUUAUCAAAGGACCAGGCGAGAACGGAGAAGACAGUUAAACCCGGCGGACGGGCCAGCAAAGAGCUGUGAAUGUCUCCCAGUCUCCAGCAUUGCAGCUCCAAGGAAAUCCACUUCUCUGCAUUUGAGCCUGUCCACUGAACUCCAGAGCCUUUUCCUUACUUCUUUUCUCAAAGUCAUGUCCAUCGGUUUCAUUAACAGGGUGGGAGGGUUGGAAUCGGGGGACAGAGAGGA